AUUGAAUCAUUCAUGCGAGAUUCAGCCACGACGGAUUAUCGAGAAAUUGAUUGACGAAGGUAAUCCUUUGCUCGUGAUUGGCCACUGCCAGUCCUGCCCCGCCUCGCCCCUCGCCCCCCGCCAAAAACUACCUACAACGGGCAGGGAUUAGAUCCCGAUGUCGGCGGCCGAGAUGCAAAGCAAUGGAUGGAAUCGAGGAGAGGAGAGGAGAGGAGAGGAGAGGAGAGGCGGAAGACACCCCGCACAAAGUCACCUCGAGAGACAUUUAAGCUGUUCUUCUUCCUUUCUCUCUACACAAUCUACUACUACUCUCUUCCUCUUCCUCUUCCUCUUCCUCUUCCUCUUCCUCUUCCUCUUCUUCGACCUUUGAUUUCCUACUUCUUCUUUAACUUGAUUGUGAGAGGAUACUGAGAAAGGAAGCUUUACACAGAAACUACCGUUGCCCAAAAUGCCGACUGCUGAGGGACGUCCGCAGACCUUGUAUGACAAGGUUUUCCAGGACCAUAUCGUGGAUGAGAGACUUGAUGGAACGAUUCUUCUUUAUAUCGGUAUGUGUAAUUGGUUCUAAAGGUGAGCAUUGUACUGACUUGAAGGGUUCACAGACAGACAUUUGGUUCAUGAGGUCACUUCUCCUGUAGGUAGUCCCUGGUAUUGAUUACGAGUGCCACCGACUAAUUGAGAACACAGCAAGCUUUCGAGGGAUUGAAGAAUGCUGGCCGGAAAGUCAGAAGACCUGAUUGCACUCUUGCUACGACCGAUCACGUAUGUUCAAUCCCACAAUUGGCUCCUACCUACCUGUUCAAUGGCAGAGUACUGACUGGCUGCCGCCACAGAAUGUCCCCACCACUUCGCGGAAAAACAUGAAGAAUAUCGAGACCUUCGUCGAGGAGGAGGAUUCCCGACUUCAGUGCAUGACUCUCGAGGACAAUGUCAAGGACUUCGGCAUCACAUAUUUCGGUCUUGGAGACAAGCGUCAAGGAAUCGUACACAUUAUCGGCCCAGAGCAAGGUUUCACUCUCCCAGGCACAACCGUCGUCUGCGGCGACUCACAUACUUCUACACAUGGCGCCUUCGGAGCCCUUGCAUUCGGUAUUGGUACCAGUGAAGUUGAGCACGUCCUCGCCACACAAACUAUCAUCACCAAGCGCAGCAAAAACAUGCGUAUCCAGGUCGAUGGCGAGCUUGCUCCUGGCGUCAGCUCCAAGGACAUCAUCCUCCAUGCUAUCGGACAGAUCGGUACGGCUGGUGGAACAGGCGCCGUGAUUGAAUUCUGCGGAUCGGCUAUUGAGUCUCUUAGUAUGGAGGCACGUAUGUCGAUUUGUAAUAUGUCGAUUGAAGGUGGUGCGAGAGCUGGUAUGGUUGCUCCAGAUGAGGUUACCUUUGAGUACCUUAAGGGCAGACCACUUGCGCCAAAAUACGAUUCCGAGGAGUGGCACAAGGCUAUUAAGUAUUGGAACGGACUCAAGUCUGAUCCAGGCGCGAAAUACGAUAUCGAUGUCUUCAUAAAUGCAAAGGAUAUCACUCCUACUGUCACAUGGGGUACUUCACCCGAGGAUGUCGUCCCUAUUACUGGCUCUGUUCCCGACCCGACCAAGUUCGCUACCAAGGAGAAGCAAGAUGCUGGAAAGAGAAUGCUCGAGUACAUGGGUCUUACUGCUGGUACACCUAUGGAGGAAAUUGUCUUGGACAAGGUCUUCAUCGGCUCCUGCACGAAUGCUCGUAUUGAGGAUCUCCGGGCAGCUGCUUCAGUCGUAAAGGGUAGAAAGGUCGCUGCAAAUAUCAAGCGAGCUAUGAUUGUUCCUGGCAGUGGUCUCGUCAAGGAUAAGGCGGAGUCAGAAGGUCUCGACAAGAUUUUCACCGAUGCUGGUUUUGAGUGGCGUGAAGCUGGCUGCAGUAUGUGUCUUGGCAUGAACCCAGAUAUCCUCGCACCCAAGGAGCGCUGUGCUAGUACGAGCAACCGAAACUUUGAAGGUAGACAGGGUGCUGGUUCGAGAACUCACUUGGUUUCGCCUGUUACUGCUGCUGCUUGUGCAAUCGUGGGCAAGCUCACUGAUGUACGGAAACUCGCUGAUUGGAACGCUACCCCACGGAAAGCUUCUCCUCAGCCACCGAUGGAAGUCAAGCCUCAUGUUGACGAGCGAGUUGAGACUAGCGAAGAGGAGCGAGAGGCAAUUGGUGAUCAACCAGAAGAUGGUGGAUUGUCCACAAAUACCAUUUCCGCCGGUACUUCAGUAGCCCAACCAAAAUUCACCGUCUACAAGGGCAUCGCAGCACCAUUAGACCGCUCAAACGUCGACACUGACGCCAUCAUUCCCAAACAAUUCCUCAAGACCAUCAAGCGCACUGGUCUCGGCUCCGCCCUCUUCUACGCCCUCCGCUACAACGAGGAUGGUUCCGAAAAGCCCGACUUCGUCCUCAACCAACCCCAAUACCGCAACUCCAAGAUCCUCGUCGUCACUGGCCCCAACUUCGGCUGUGGCUCGUCUCGAGAACACGCUCCAUGGGCUCUCCUAGAUUUCGGCAUCAAGUGUGUCAUCGCACCCUCUUACGCAGAUAUCUUCUUCAACAACACCUUCAAGAACGGCAUGCUCCCCAUCGCCAUCACCAACAAAGAGCACCUAUCCACUAUCGCCGCCGAAGCCUCAGCCGGCCGCGAAAUCGAAGUCGAUCUCCCCAACCAAGUCAUCAACGACGCGUCCGGCAACAAGAUCUGUUCCUUCGACGUCGAGGAGUUCCGCAAACACUGUCUUGUCAACGGACUCGAUGAUAUUGGAUUGACUAUGCAGAUGGAGGAGAAGAUCCUCGCGUUUGAGAAGAAGAUGAGUGCAGAGACGCCGUGGUUGGAUGGCAGUGGGUAUUUGAAGAGAGGCAAGAAUGGGAGGUUGGCUGCUAAGGCUGUUCCUGUCAAGAAGACGAAUAGAGGGGAGGAGAUCAAGGAGCCGCUUGAUUGGUAGAGGUAGAUGGGUCGGGCAUUUUUUGGUUUUUUUUUUCCUUUCUGGCGCAUUGGCUUCUCUUGGAGUGAGUUAGCUGGCGGCGAUCGAUGGUUUUCUCGAGCGGCCUGAAAUGAAUUGGCUUGUACGAUGUGCACGACGCGGAGUUUUAUGAAAAUCCUUAUCUUCUUCUUCUCCUUCUCCCUUCUGGUGAGAUUAGAUGAGAUUGAAUGAAUGAAUGGAUGGGGGUUCUUUUCCUUUUCCCUCCAGAUCUUACAUCAUGACGCGGUAACUGCGAUACGUUGUGUUUGGAGCCUGCCAAAUGGAGGGUUGCGAUGAUCUUUAUUUAAGGUAUGCAUCAUUGAAAUGGAAGUGGAAAUAGUGGUACAGUAGGGACGACGCAGCGCUGAAUGAAUGCAUGAAUGCAUGGUAUUUCUAUGAUGAUGAGCGUCAAUCAAUCAAAAAUAGGUAGUGUUUUUUUGGGGGGGGGAUUACAAAAGCGCUAGCUGCUAAAAGCGAAUUGCCUGAAACUGGGUAGUAUGCAAUACAAUUCAAUGCAGACCGGAUUUAGGCUGAAUAAAUAAAAUCGAUCGAGAAAGAGAAGAGUGAAGUUAUUAGGAAAGAACUUGGGAGUUCGGGUUGAUCUGUCCGUAGGUACGGACCGGCCCGCUUAUGGUAAGAAUUGUCUGGGGCACAAGCGGUUUGCAUAACAAAGUGCCAUAGAGGGGAGCGCGGGACCAAGUACACUAUUAUACCCAUAAUUGUUGCGCAGGCG